GUCACACUGGGUCCAGUCGUCCGGCUUCAUCAGUUGACUCAAACCUGUUGGUAAGUGAAUGCUACCUUCUGUGAGUGACUUUCCGGUUAUCCAUGUGUGAGGAGGCUCACUUGGGAUUGAGCGUGUGCCCAAGACUGCCCAUGUAAUGGCUGAGCCCUCUCCCAUCUUUAUCACGGUGGACCCGUGGGCGUCCAACCUAUCCAGCCAGUACUCUGUGGCUGUCACUUCUCCCUCUAGCUCCACCACGGACACGGCUAGCCGCGAUCAAUCGCAAAGAACUGUGGCUAACGACAACCGCCCUCGGAAAAAAGUUAAGCUGUCCUGUGGCUCAAAACGCAUCGAGAAGGAGGAGACGCUAGAUAACCCCAAGCGAAAUAGGCAUCGCAAUGGCAAAAUCGAUAUGGGUCAAGUUGUGAAGGAUCCUAAAUGUACGAUAUUCAAAUGUUCUUACUGCGGAUUUGGCUUCAACUAUGUCCAUGCCCGCAAUCGUCAUGUUCGGAACAUUCAUGAAAAGCAUCUGUUUGAUUCAUUUAAUUGCGACCAAUGCAGCUACACGACCGUUCGUCGAGACCAAAUGCGAACUCAUUACCGGGUGAUCCAUGAACAAUUCUAUCCGUUUCGAUGCUCCAUCUGUGCUUACGGUGCCGUGAAAUCGGCCAAAAUUAUCGAGCACGUGCAAGAAAAUCACGGGGGGACGGGUGAAGUGACGAAGCUGAAAAGAGCACCAAGUAAGGAGAAGAACCUCGACUUGCUCAAAGUCUCCAAUCCAAACCGAUUAAGGAUUGAAGAAACAGACGAAGACGUUGUGAUCAGCGUUCAUGACGAUGGCGCUUUUGAUUUGAUCCAGAUUUCUCCGAAGCAAAACCCAAGCUCAAAAGCUCGGAGUGAAACUUCACUGAGUUGUCCCCCGAACGAGGAUGGCGAAAUGUUUGGUGAUGACUUAAUUCAAGAGGCUGUUCUGAAAUGCUAUCAACACUGGGAUCUGCGCCACAUUGAUCAAACCAUUCAAGGUGUGGUGCAGCAAAUUUGCCAACGCUAUGAAGAUGAGAUAAAGAUGUUGAAGCAAUCCCAUGAAUCUUUGAUUGAAUACGCUUCUCGAUAUCGAGAUGCGUUCAAAGAAAUCCAAAUGAGGACUCGUGCCAAAAACGUGGGUCAAGAUGAGCUCAAGGCCGAAGACAUGCAUGACUGUGUCGUAAGAAAUGAUGGAAACAUCGAAGUCAUUGAACAACCUAGGGGAAGCAUCUCGUGCAAAAUAUUUGCCCUCGAGAAAAACAUCAUGUCCGAGGCGGAGAACAAGCUCUAGUUGUCAAGCCACCAAAUCGGAUCAGUUUCGAGAAAGUUCAAGUCCAGAAAGUCAGAAUAAUAUAUGUAAAUACUUGUUUUAAUUUAAAAAAAUGCGUGUUCGUGUUUGGUUUA